CACAGCACCAUGGGUGCUAAGCAGACCAAAGGCCAGGAGCCUGGAGGAGCCAGCCCUCAGCACAGCUGGAAGCGGACACCCACCAAGGAGCGGGGGGACAUCUUGGCAUCCCUCAUGCUCAAGUCCGGGGACCGGCUAAGUCGUGGUGGGACUCCACCGCCAUACCAGCGCCGUAUUGGCAUGAUCCAGGAGAUGAUGCUGAUGGCCAAACAGGGCAAGCAGGACGAGGCCACCGAGAUGCUCAGGACACUGAGACAGGAUUUGGGCAUGGAGUCAACAUCCCUGGAUGACGUGUUGUACCGCUACGCCAGCUUCAGAAACCUGGUUGACCCCAUCACACAUGACCUGAUUAUCAGCCUAGCACGAUAUGUCCACUGCCCCAAGACGGAGGGCGACUCUCUUGGGGCGAUGGAAAAGGUCUGUCGUCAGCUGACCUAUCAUCUCAGCCCCCACUCACAGUGGAGGAGACAGGGCCUGCUCAAGAGGAAACCUCAGGCCUGCCUGAAGGCGGUGCUGUCAACCCCUCCGUCCAGCGGGGCGUUGGAUCUGUCCGGUAUCCCUCUGGUGGCUCGAGACAUGGAGCGUCUGUGUGCUCACCUACAACGCCAUGCGUCUACGGUGGCCAGCAUGGAGCUGGGCUUCACCGAGCUGACGGACGAGGCCUUUCUCCUGCUCCUGCCCACGCUGACCGCCCUGCCACAUCUGGAGACCCUGGCACUGAAUGGAAACAGGCUGACCAGAACUAUUCUGAAGGAGCUCACUGAUGCCCUGAAGGAUCCAGGCAGUUUCCCCAGCGUGACGUGGAUUGACCUGGGCAACAACGUUGACAUCUUCUCCCUGCCACAGCCCUUCCUGUUGAGCCUGAGGAAGCGCUGCCCAAAGCAGGGCAACCUGCCCACCAUCCUGGAGUUUGGAGAGAGUCAGGCCAGCGACCCACCCGAAAGACUGAGGGGCCUCGAGGAAGAGGAGGAGACGGAUGAUACAAACCGGACGGAGAGCAUGGGUGAUCUGCGGUCGGAGGUGGAGGAGGAGCUUGACGGCGAGAUGGAGAUAGAGGAGAUGAUGGAGGAGCUGCUGGACUUCGACAGGGAGGUGCAGGGAAAGGAGGACGAGGAAGAGAGCAUGUGGACAGUGCAGGAGCAGAGGAAAAUUGGUAGGGGCCGGGGGAGGAGAGAGGGGGAGGAGGGUGGGGAGAAGGAGGCGAAGAGGAGAGCGCAGCAGCCGGGGAGGAAGGCUGUGAUGGCGGAGGACGAUGACGACACGCAUAGCCACUCUUCCCGCCUGUCCUACUCCAGCCAGUCGCUGCACUCCUCCGGGGCCGUUGAGCCAAUGAGGGUGGAGGAGGACGACUUGACCGACCAAUCAGAUCACUUGACCUGAUUGCUGCUCCACACUCUGCUCCUACUUCCCCAUCCUGUAUCGAGUCUGGUGUGACAGGACACGAGAGAGGGUUCCUGCAGAGGCCAACGGAGUGUGCUCAAAGUCAAACAGGCUGCAGCGGUGGCAGGAUGUGAUCCAAAAUGAACACGCCACUCGAUACUCCCUCCACCCAUCUGAUUCUGGACGAGCUGUUGCUGAACCCUGGUGACUGUAACAGGAGGAGACAAUCUCCGACAGGACAUCAGCUUUAUCCUAACUGUCUGUUGUUUCAUAGGCUGAAAACGCUUAUACCUAGACUAGACCGACAAAUUAUAUCACGUGAGGCUUUUAUGUAUAGAAUGAUAAUCUUUAUUCAGGUCCUUCCUCCUGGUAACCCUGGUAAUACCUAAAUGUGCCUGUAACACUUCCCAUAACUGGUAGAGAGAUUUCAAAGAAAAUAUAGAAAUGGAGACUCAUACAAAGUAAUCAGGGCCCUUAUUUCCCAAACGAAACUAGUGGAAAUGUUUAAAAUAUCUCCCUCCCACAUGCAGCCAGAUGGACGAAAAGAUUGACUGGAUUCAAAAGUAAGGCCAACAAAUUUGUAGAGAUCCGUUGCUACUCAAGAAACGAGCAGAUGCACGGUCCUCUGGUGAAAGACAAGUGCAGCGAGGAUGAAAUUAGUCAGCUGAAACCAAAAGAAGUAAGCAACUUGUAAGACUCAGUGGUCUUACUGCUAUGUGUCCCAAAGUCCUAGGGGGUCCAGCUGAAAUAUUUAGUAGCCUUUCUCCUGAUAAUCUAGGUCAUGUGUCACUCCAUGGUACUGUAAACUAAUGUUAAUCACAUGUUUACAAUGCCGUGUCAAAAUAUAGGCCGCAGACAGCUUUAUGUAGUAUGUAGCUCUCACCCAGCUAGUGCUUUCCCUCCAUGUGUCACUUAUGGUCCAUGCAAAGCUUUAAGAUCUAACAGUAUUUUGGGAUGUACAGUGCAUAGUACAGUAUAUAGGUGUAUAUACACUGUAUAUUCAGUAUGCAGUCAUUUAGAUUAGCCAUUUCAAGAGGAACACCGCACAAUACAAGGAACCGUAUUUGUUAUUUUUGUGGUCUGGGGUUUAGUCAUAUGUGUGUACAUGAGUAAUACUUCAAACCCGGGAGUGAAGCUGAGCCUCACUCUCCAAGGAACCCGUUGGAAGAGGUUGUAUUGAUAUGGAAAGUAGGAUUAUGUUAAGGCAGAGAAUAUUAACUUCCCAUUGAAGCUCAUGCUCAAGCAGUUUAAAAUUGUGUGUAAAAAAAGUGCGUAUCCAGUUGAUGCUUCUCUGCAGACACCCGUCCCGUGCACUAAUGCGCCUCAGCCUGUGCCGCCGUUAACAUGUGUGGCAUUAAAAAGGAAGGCGCCUGUGAGGCUUUGCUGUUGCAUCACAAAUCUUCACCUCAGCUGACUCCACCAUGGAGGCUGGAAUAAUGCCUGAGUACAGGGGGCGUGUGAAAUAACACAAACACUGGGCAGUAUCAGUCAGUGCAAUACAACAAUGCCAAAAACACAAGAGUUCACUACACCUCUUUUACACUCGGUUGUAAUGAAUAUCAUCAAUAAACAGAGCUGUUGAAUUGUUAUGUAUUAUAUAAUCAGGUGUUUGUGUAUAUUUAUACAGGGCCCCUCCACUGGUUUUACAUGUGAUGCUCAGUGUUGUGUGAAGUACCUCUCUCCUCCGCCUAUGAAACAUAUCUAUAAUAUGUUCUGUCACCAGAGGAGCUCUCUUAAAUCUGAAAAAGUAACCAUGACGAUGCUAUAAGGAAAGAAAUCCAACCAACACGUUGUAUGAGGUGUUCUGAUGUGUUCUGCUCCAAAUAGACGGUGAACAUAUUCACUAGUGCUGCAACUCCAUAGUCAAAUAUGUUUGGUUUUGUACUUUGUCUGUAUAGUAUGGAUUCAUAAAUACCCACUAGGGGGCAGUUCAUGCACAGCAGAUCCGUUUUUCCAUCCAUCCGCUAUCUAUAUCGCUUUGAGUGUUAGGGUGGGGGGGUGAAACUGAUCCCAGCUAACAUGAGGAAACAGAGGAAGUACAGGUCACAAUUCAAUAAACCAUCCACACUCACAGUCACCCUUAUGAGCAAUUACAGUCUUAAAUUAACCUAAGAUGCAUGUUUGGACUGUGGGAGGAAGAGUAUCCAGAGAAAACCCACGUAGGCACAGGGAGAGUCAUAGAGGGACAAAACUAUUCGAACCCAGUGAGCAACAAUGUCAUCCACUGCACCACCGUGCCAUCCAAUUAUCCACUUUUGCACAACACAAACAGAAGCCAAGACGACUCGAUAAGGGAACCAUAUUGUCGAUGUUGAGCUCACGCCAGAGAAAAUGACAGCUGUAACAUGGUAGAUGGUAUAACAUGUGGACAGCUCCACAAGCUUCUAUUCAGCCAAAGUCAUGGUGAUCCAUAACUGCUGCUAACCUAUCUUUCUGUUACUGCCCCCCACUGGUCAUGUGAUGAACUGCUUUUUAUAGAUACAUCACAUUGCAUUGGGAACCAACACACACAUUAAAAGCUAUUAUGUUAACACAAACACAGUCUCAGUGACCUUGGAGAGAGAGAGCAUUGUUUACAUAUGGGGUUAUACCCAUAUUUAAUAUCCAUUUGCAGUAUCUCUAUGAAGACACUUAUCAUUUUGACCUCGGUGACAGAAAUAGUUUUGUAAAACAAUGAAAAGGGAAACAUUUAAAAAGUUCAAACCCAUUGACCCACAUAGACCACCAAAUCCUAAUGUCGAAAAGAGUGUGUGUGUGUGUGUGUGUGUGUGUGUGUGUGCGUGUGUGUGUGUGUGUGGCAGGUAGGAGGGUUCCUGACCCUCUUUGAUCGUCUGAGCCUUUCUGAAAGAUUAUACUGACGCCUUAAAAGUCAGGAAACCUCGGCCCCUGCUGUUCAGGAUCAGGAGAGUUCCCCUUUAAGAAAUGUACUUAUUUAUGUAAAAUUAAUUAAAACAUGCCAUGUGUUACCCGUGUUUAGGGUUAGCUGUGUAGAUUUGCACGUCUUUGUGGAAAGGUUAGGUAAACAUGAUGAGAAUCCGACAUGUGGAGUUAUAUGACUUGACAACUGAUUUGCAUAGUGGCACUGGACCGAAUGAUGGCCAGACUAUUUUAUUGAAAACACAUUCUGACAAGCAAAAAUGAUCUAGUUUAUACCUGAAUCAUACAAUAUAAAACAUGUAAAUAACAGGCUCUGUUGUAAGAUGUUUAAUUUAAAUACUAACAUCUAGAUGAAGAUAUUUUUUUGAAUUAAUUUAAAUUAAUGUGCACAGACUACGUAGGAAAUCAACUGUGCAUAGCAAAAUACCUUUUUUGGCACAUUUUAAAAUAUUUAUAUAAUCAUUAAAAAUAUAUAUAUAUUAAAAGUGAUCUAAGCCUACAAGUCCAUGAAAAGCCUUUUAACCAACCUUGUAUGGUCUGUGUUGGUCAUUGAACGUAUUGUGAUCCUAAUAUGCAGAUGUUCAUCACGUGUUCUUUACAAGAAGAAUCUUCCCUUUAAUCUGCAGCAGCUUCACACUGAGCUCUGAGCUUGAGCUGCAUCGAGAUGGAUUUGACACACAAGUCAUUACAGCGAACCCUUUAAACAGAGAGUAGACGAGCCGCCCUGCUCUAUACCAUCACCGGCAGAAUCACACAUGAUUCAUGUGAGACAAAGGGAGAACAUCCUUGAAAACCACAGUGAUUAUUAGAAUUUGGAGCUAUUGUAUGAAAGAACGUCAAAUACUGAUUAUUAAGUAAUGAGUUCAUAUUGUGAUUUAAAUGUUUGUAUAUCAUGUGUGGUGGAUCAGUGUGGAUCCCUAGUUUAAUUGAAAGGUUCUCAGGUUCAUUGCAGACAGAUGGUGUUGGUUAGUGGAGAUGAUGGAGAUGUGUACAUGCUUGUUAAUGUGCGGAAAAGAUGCACUUGUCUGCUUUCAUGUUAAGGUCACUGCAAAUCAAAGCAAGGACAUCUCUAGUGGAACUAGGCCGAUGUAUGAACACAGGCUGGGCUUUGAAUUUCUAACCUUUGAUCCAUCACUUAGUGAUAUGAGGAAUUCGGUGCAGACUGAUCUUAGACUGACAUCAAAUUUAACUCCUGCAGAUAUUUUGAUAUGAUUCCACACACGUGUGAAUGACCAUGGUUUAUUAAAAUGAUUCCCUGGGUUUCAACAAGUCAUUUCAUGGAGAUAAAAUACUGAUUAGGAAUAAGAACCCAGUAAGAAUCAAGUGUCUGAAGAUGCAAACUGACUUAAACUCUUGUGUUUGAAAAUUUAACAAACAAUCUCCCUCGAUUCACUUUUACUUCUUUCACUGUAACUGUAUUUAUCAUUUGCUCCCAUUGUAGCCAUGUGUCUAUUGUUUGAGUCUCUGCUCGUCACGACACGCAGUGUGACCACUCCCUACAUAUAUCGCAAUGAGGCAUGAGAUCAACAUGUUGUUUAGCUGCACUGACUGAGCAGGAAUGAACUAUGGAUGCUUUUAGUGACUAGAGGAUGCAGCGCUGCCGUGCACGUCUUGCCCUAUGAGUGAUGUAUUGUGAGAUGUAAAAUAGAAACUAAUGUGAUUUCGAAGGCGUGACUGUCUGUGGCCUUGGAUGUUCUCUCCCAAUGAGUCUUUCUUCUAUAUAUAUUCUAUAUUCAGUAUACCUCUCAAUUACUCUCUAUACAGUACCUUCCUCAGCCGCUCACCUUUUCCGACAGCUCCCAUGGAUCUUUAAUUUUCAAGCCAGCUUACUGAGACAAUACAGCCGAACAAAUGCUCUGUGGAAUUGAUAUAUAGGCCAACAGUUGACACCUAACCUUUUCUGUUAUGCCAUGGAUCUUGCAAAUAAAUUCUGUGAUAUAAAAACA